AUGAGGGGUGGUGAAGCGGAAGAAUUAGAUUCAGGGGGUGAAACUAUUUUGUUGGAGGAAAUUUGUAUCCAAGAGGAAGGGGCUAUAAGGGACUUGGAGAAGUCGGGAUGUUCGGAUAAUGACGUUGAUAGUGAGCUUUACCAGGUAGAGCAAGGUGGUAGUUGGGUUGCAGACUUGGAGGAAAAUAGAGUAGCUUGGAAUUUGACGAUGGAAUCAGGAGCUAUUUCUUAUGAUGAAGAAGAUGAUAUUAUAGCUGCUCUUCAAACUCAGAAUGAACUUAUUGCACAGAAAAGGAAGCAAGCAAAACAAAAAGAGAAAGCAAGAAGGAGUCGUCCUAAAAAUCGGAAUAAGAUGUCCGUUUCCACUGCCAUAGAAAGCAUUAGUAUUACACGGUCCCUCACUGAUGGUGACACCAUGGUUUCAGCCGGUGGAACCUUUGCAGUUGGAUUCUUAAGUAUUCCAGAAAAUUCCAAGAACCGUUACCUUGGGAUAUGGUACAAUAAAGUGCCAUCUAACACAGUAGUAUGGAUUGCCAAUAGAAACACUCCACUUAAUGACUCGUCCGGGGUCUUGAAGUUCACUGGCAAUGGAACUCUUGCUCUUCAUACUCAUAACGAUACCAUCAUUUGGCAUUCCAACUCAUCAAGAUUCGCGCAGCGACCAGUUGUUGCAGUGCUUUUGGAGUCAGGAAACCUGGUUGUGAAGGAAGAUGGGAGCAAUGAUGAUGAUUUGAAGAGUUUCAUUUGGCAGAGUUUUGAUUACCCUUAUGACACGCUACUGCCAGGGAUGAAACUGGGAAGUGACUUAACUACAGGCCUUACAAGGUACCUAAUAUCGCAGAUUAGUUCUGAUGAUCCUUCUGAAGGUAGCUAUACUUAUCAGCUUAAUAUUGUUGGAUAUCCUCAAUUAUGUAUAAAAAAUGGCCAAUCCGUGACAUAUAGUAGUGGAUCUUGGAACGGUCUUCGGUUUGGUGGAAUUCCCCAGUUAAAACAAAAUACUUUUUACAACUUUUACUUUGUUUACAACAAGGAAGAGAUAUAUUACACAUAUGAGCUUGUCAAUAACGCUGUAUAUACAAGGUCCGUGCUAUCUGCAGACGGAUCAGUGAAUCGUUAUGUGUGGAGUGUUACGAAUAAGAGUUGGAGUCCCUAUCUAACAAUACCAACUGAUAUCUGUGAUUAUUAUGGUAAAUGUGGAGCAUAUGGUACCUGUAAUGUAGCCAAUUCCCCUGUAUGUAGUUGCUUAUUGAACGGAUUCGAACCUAAAGUCCCUGAAGAAUGGAAUCAGGCAGAUUGGUCUAAUGGUUGUGUUAGAAUCAACAAAUUGAGUUGCCAGGAUGAUGGAUUUGUAACGUUGCCUGGUUUAAAGUUACCAAACACACAAAGAGCAUCAUGGUUAAAUAAUAGCAUGAGUCUUGAUGAGUGUGCUAAUCUAUGCAUGAAGAAUUGUUCCUGCAAGGCUUAUGCUGCUUUUGAUAUCAGGGAAGAAGGAAGAGGGUGUUUAUUCUGGUAUGAUGAGCUGAUAGAUAUUAGAGUGCUGAGUGAUCCACAGCAAGAUCUUUAUGUCAGAAUGUCAAGGAAAGAUAUAGAUGAAAUUAAGAAGGCAUCACAUAAAUCCAAGAUCAGGAAGCUGCAGAUUAUUGCUUCCAUCACAGUCAUUUCUGUAGGAAUUUUGAUCCUAUGCCUAUCCUUCACCCUAUACAGAAGAAAGAAGCAGCAGAUAAACUAUAAUUUCUUCAUUUUCCUGCGGCCAUGCUAUAUUUGUUCUUUUCUUAAUGCUUACUGCUUUACAGGAAACAUGAGACACAGUCCAGAAAGAUAUGCACAUGUAAUACAAGAGCAUCAGGAGGAAGAACUAGAACUACCACUGUUUGAUAUGGCUACACUUAUUGCUGCAACCAAUAACUUCUCCACCAGUAACAUAUUAGGAAAAGGUGGUUUUGGAACUGGUAUGCUGAAAGAUGGAAGAGAAAUAGCAGUUAAGAGGCUCUCAGUACAUUCUAGACAAGGUCUUCAAGAGUUCAAAAGUGAAGUGUUAAAUGUAGUCAAACUUCAGCAUAGGAAUUUGGUGAAGCUUCUAGGGUGUUGCAUUCAAGCAGAAGAAAGAAUGCUGGUCUAUGAAUAUAUGCCAAAUAAAAGCUUGGACUACUUCAUAUUUGAUAAAGAGAGAAGCAUGCAAUUAGUUUGGUCUCAGCGUUUCCUUAUUAUCAUUGGGAUUGCACGGGGCAUUCUCUAUCUCCAUCAAGAUUCGAGACAUCGAAUAGUUCAUAGAGAUCUCAAGGCUAGCAAUAUUCUGCUAGAUGAUGAAAUGAAUGCCAAAAUCUCUGAUUUUGGACUAGCUAGAAGCUUUAUUGGAAAUGAAAAUGAAGCAAACACAACAACAAUUGUUGGAACUUAUGGUUAUGUAUCACCAGAGUACCUAAUUGAUGGAAUUUUCUCAACAAAGUCUGAUGUUUAUAGCUUCGGUGUGCUUGUAUUAGAGAUAGUAAGUGGAAAAAGAAAUAGAGGGUUCAGCAACAGAAAUCAUCGCUUUAAUCUUCUGGGGCAUGUAUGGAAACUCUUUAUAGAAGGUAAUUGCUCUGAAAUAGUUGAUCCGUCCAUCAGAAAUUCGUCCGAUUUAUCUGGAAUCAUAAGAGCAAUUCAUGUGGGUCUACUUUGUGUUCAACAGAAUCCAGAAGACAGGCCAAGCAUGUCGCAUGUUCUUAUGAUGCUGAGUAGCGAAUGCACAUUGCUUCAACCAAAAAUGCCAGGGUUCUUCACUGAGAGAGAUCCUGUUGGUGACACAUCAAGCAAGAGUGAACUAGUGUCAUUUAAUGAAGUCACAGUUAGUGUAGUGCAUCCACGGUAGAUGUUGUUUCUUAAAUAAUUGAUUAGCUAAAUUCACCACAUGACAGUAGCAUACAAUCCUUUUGAAAAUUUAACACUGAUGUUUAGCAGU